AUGAAGUACACAUUUUUCGACUUCGUCAGAGCGCAAUGGACAACUAUCCCACCUGUCCAAAAACAGGACCUUUCCGGGAAAACGGUCAUCGUCACAGGCGGGAACACAGGUAUAGGCCUCGAAGUCGUCCGAAACUUCGCGCGUAUGAACCCUGCCAAACUCAUCCUGACGUCGCGGAGCCAGAAAAGAGGCGAGGAAGUUGCAGCGCAGAUCCGCGGUGAGACGGGGUGCGCGAGUGUCGAAGCGUGGGCGCUCGAACUCGCCGAGUUCGCGUCUGUACGCGCGUUCUGCGACAAGUUUGAAAGAGAAUGCGACCGUCUCGACAUCCUGGUGGAAAACGCCGGUAUCGCCACUGUCAAUCCAGACUUCACCAAGGACGGCUGGGAGCUAUCAACACAGGUUAAUGAUAUGUCAACGACCCUCCUCUCCCUGCUCCUCCUCCCGCGAAUGCUCGAGACGGCACAGAAAUACCACACAUACCCGCGCAUCGUGGUCGCGAGCAGCGAAACGCACCACGAGAUCCCAAGUCUUGACAAAAGCUCUCUCAACUCGCCCAACUUCUUCCGCGCGUUCGCGCAUAAAGACCAUCUGGGUUCAACUAUGCCACCAGGGCGGUAUCAAACCACAAAACUACUCAACAUCCUCCUUGUGCGCGCCCUCUCCGAGCGCCUACACCGCAAACCGCUCAUCACCAACAGCGCCAACCCCGGAUUCUGCAAGACAGGGCUCCGGCGGAACCUCCCCGCGCGCGCGCGGUUCGUGAUGUGGGUUAUGGAUGGCUUGUUCGGGCGGACGGCGGACGAUGGUGCGCGGGUGUUCGUGUGGGCUGCGCUGGGUGGUGAGGAAGAGGGGAGGAGAGACGAGCUGAGAGGCGCAUAUGUUGAUUUGUGCUCUGUCAAGGAGCCGAGUGAUUAUGUGGUUAGUAAAGAGGGCAGGGAGGCGGGGGAUAAGAUUUGGGAUGAUUUGAUUGAAGAAUUGGUCAAAGUUGAACCGAAGGUUCAGAGUAUCGUGAAGGAGUACCUCACAGAACCCGUUCGCAAUUGA